AUGCCUUCACUCAAGGACCUCGUCUGUGUGGUCCAGUGGGCUAACACUCGCUCUCCUUUCCCUGAAUACGGCACUCGGUACGGCGAUGGCGUCGUGGAGACCUACAUUGCCAUUCCUAGUCACCCCCAAGCUUUCACCAUCAGGCUCACCUCUAGGAAGUUUAUAUCUGAGGGCCUAUCUAUGGUCGUCUUCAUCGACGGGAAUUACCAGUGCAACCGCAACAGAGUCAAUCUGCGACCAACCAAGAAAAACAACCACUCAGAUCGAUCUGAGGUCGACUUCAUCGUGAGACAGAAAGAAAAACCUAUGGGAGACGGCGCAUACCUCGGUCGCGAAUGGCGUUUUGACGAUCACAACAUUGUUCCCGACCUCCCACGCGGUGUCAAUCAGAGUCACUUUGACGAACUCGGCACUAUUGAAGUUCUAGUCCUGAGAUGCCAUACCCACAACCCCACUGAGAGCCAGAUGUCAGCCUCUUCAUCCGGCGAAGACAGUCUCAUCUAUUCUGGUGACGUAAACACUUUCAACGAGGAGGAAAAUGACUUUGAUCCGAAUCAUGAGUAUUCCAAAGUCAACCAGGAAUUUGAGCCCGAAGAAGGCGGCCUCGGGGCGAUGUUCGGGCUUUUUGAUGGACCGUCUGACUAUCCUCCUGGUUACUAUGGCCAUCAUGUCACUCCCCCCUCCAAUGGAUACCACCAGUCUUGUGAUUGGCAACCUCCAAGCGGUGAGUAUGAGCGUCGGCGACCGCAAAGACCACUUGGACCACCCUAUCCACCUGAACAAGGCUCCUCUCAUCCCCAUUACUACCGAUCGGAUCCGCAGCCUCUCAACCAGCACCACCAGCACUUCUUUAUCCGUGAACGUCCUCCAUCCCACACAUAUCCCACCUAUGGACAGAGUAAGCCAGAGCGAAGGGUUCACUUUGAUUAUGGAGAUAUCGAAACCCAAAAUGGGCAUCACCGUGAAAGACAUGAUCAUAUUGCACUACAUUCUGAUCGGCCGGCAUGGAGAGGUAACCCAGAUUAUUUCCAUAAUCGAGCGGGCCCCGGGUACCAAGAUCCAGAGCCACAUCCUCGAGGGCCGCAUCCAUAUGAGGACUAUGCACCUCCUCCCCCCAGCAGCCAUUAUGCCUACGAUGCAGACAAUCGUGUCUACCUCCCAUACGCUGAUCAAAGCCACGCGUAUGGCAACCAUCACCAGGCAGGCCACCACUCUAUUCAACCGUUUGGCCAGCAGUCUACAGUUGGUCAUCAAUGCCCGGGCCCUGCUAAUUUCCCAAUCACGCCAGUUCCUUGGGUAGCUGGUCAGCCACAAUUCUCUACUCAAUCUGUCCCUGUAGUGCUUCCUCCAAAUUUAGUUCCAGUUCCACGUCCAGUGACAGGAAUGCCAAUCUACUCAGCACCAGGCGCGGCCGCCUUCUUUCAUUUACAACCUCCUGCCAACGUAUCAAACAUGAUACCGCAACCCGUACCGGCCCCUUUCGCUGCCCCGCAAAUCGGCCGGGAAAAUGCUAUGCAACAAACCACGAAUGGUCGCACCUCUUUUAGUGGCGCAAACAAUAAUCCAUCAGCGGGAGGUGGGGACUUUGCUACUGGAAAUAACACUACUUCAAAUGCCAACAAUGGCGCGGGUGGUACUCAUGAUUGGAACAUUAAUACUGAUAAUGUGGCCGGAUGCGACACUUGGGACAGGAACACCGGCAACACCACCACUGAUUCAGGGGCUAAUUGGAACAACAAUACCGGAAAUACUGCUACUAAUGAAAACGGUGAUUGGAAUAAUAAUAACGACACACAGAAUAACAAUUCAAGUGGCUGGGAUAAUAGCAACGACGUGAUGCAAAACAACAAUGAUUCCAAUGGCGAUGGCUGGGGCGAUACCAAUCAAAGCAAUGAUAAAGUUCAACCCGACAACUGGAACACCGAUCAAACCAACAACACAAAUGGCGACUGGAAUAGUGACCGGAACAACAACGCAAAUGGUGAUUGGAAUAAUGAUCAGACCAACAACGCAAACGACAACACGGACAAUACCCCAACACCAGCGACUUCUGGUAAACGAUCUUUGUAUGGGCCACAUGGUGCUUACUACACUUCCAAAGUGUUUGCAGACACGGAAGCUCCGGCCGAUGCCGAAGAGGAACCACGAUAUGAUGUACCACAGGCCAUUGCGCAGGGCCGGGGAACGUCAAAACAGGUCCAACCGGGGAAGGGGUACCUUUACAACAAGAAAAGAUGUGCCCCAAGAUACAUCGACACCAUGGAUGAGCCUUAUGCGAGAUUUGUUUUCAAAUACCGUACGAAGGAGCAAAUCAAGAACGAAACUGGUAUUGAGGUUGCUGCUGAACCAACCGACAAUGCAGAUGUCAAUGCAUUGGAGCAGCUAGACAAAAACGAAUUAAUUCAAAUGGUGAUCCGAGCUAAAGGUGCCCUGGGUGGAGAGAUACCAGCUCCAUUGCCAAAAGAUGCGGCAGCAAAGACCCCGACGCCUUCUUUUGAGCAAGUUCCUGUUGAACCUCCAGAGACUGCGUUUCUCAAGUACAGCCUGCCACCGGCUCGAGUGGUCUCAUUUCAGGGUUUGGGCAUCAAAAAUUCCCCGAACGACAAUUCGAACAGUCAACAAAAGAAUUCGUGGGACAAUACACAACAGGCCUCUGGUGAUCAAAACUGGGGUUCUAGUGGGAAUAACAACAACACAGGCGGAGACGACUGGAACAAUGGCAAUAGUGGUGGUGCACCAGGGUGGAGCGAUAACGUCCAGCAAAAUAACAAUGCGCCGUCUGGAGUUGGCGCGGGUUGGGAUGGUCAACAAGAAAAGAAUACCAGCAAUACCAAUAAAGGCAAGAGGGGCAGUGUAGACACCCAGAACCAGGGCUCGGGAACGAUGGGAAGUUCUCAGCAGCAGCAGAAUAACUCACGACGUAGCUCCGCCAUCAGCCCGAAAAACAACAUCAGUGCCAACAACAACACAGCGGCAGGUGACCCUGAACUCACCAAAUACCUAGCAGAAGCCACCAGAAUUGGAGGCCCAUCUGGUCCGAACCCGAACUGGGCCACUCCAGCAGGACCUCAGCAAUCCCGGCAGAACCAAACCCCGCAGCCGCAGCCGCAACCCUCCAGCGGCGGAAUACAAACGAUCGGGACGGGAUUCGUGGGCGGUGGAGGAGCAACAACGACGUCUCUCAACUACCACAAGAAGCCACCGACUCCAGAACUCAAACCGUGCAGUCCCGCCACGGUCGACAACGGCGAAUGGCCCGUGGGACCGCCUGCGCCGGACCAGACAGCGUUUGGAGCUGGAGCUGGAGCUGGAGCUGGCGUCGCAGGGUUCAUGCCUUCAGCGCAAGCUGCCGCACCAAGUGGAGGCUGGUGA